GAGCUCUGAUUCCAGGACUUAUUUCUCUACCCCUGUGGAGGGAGAAGUGGGUGGAGAUGAAACAGCUUGAUGGGGCUCAGCCAACCAGAAAACGUCAGAAGGGGCAUCUCUGUGGCUGGAAAAGAAAACGCUAGAACAGUGUUAGGACCAACACAGCCCAGAAAGCCCCAGCCUACGCGGGACUGGGGACAGGAGGAGGAAACUAAAACGGAGAUACCAUAAUCGCCUUCCUCUUAGUGGUGUUGUUUGGAAAUAGGCUGCGGGAUGGCAGUCUUUUGGGUCACUGGGGCCCCUGGGAUGGCAGCUCUGAUGAAGUCCCUGGCGAUGCUGAGCUUCCCUUUGGCUCAGGGCAGAGACACCCCAGAGCUGUACGUGUACCAGAGGAGGAGUGACUGCUAUGAGUUCAACGGGACGCACCGCUACCUGGAGCGAUACAUUUACAACAGAGAGGUGUACGUCCAAUUCGACAGUGCCGUGGGGGUGUUUGUGGCUGUGACGGAGCUGGGGCGCCAAACUGCCAAGAACUGGAACAUCCAGAGGGACUUCCUGGAACUGAGACAGAGCGCGGUGGACACGGUGUGCAGACACAACUAUGAGUUGGACAAGGGUUUCACCCUGAAGCGCACAGUCCCACCUAAAGUGAACGUCUCCCCCUCCAAGAAGGAGGCCCUGCAGCCCCACAGCCUGCUUAUCUGCCACGUGACAGAUUUCUAUCCAGGCCACAUUCAAGUCCGCUGGUUCCUGAAUGGACAGGAGGAAACAGCUGGGGUUGUGGCCACCAACCCGAUCCAUAAUGGAGACUGGACCUUCCAGCUCCUCGUGAUGCUGGAAAUGAGCCCUCAGCAGGGAGACGUCUACACCUGCCACGUGGAGCACCCCAGCCUGGACAGACCUGUCACCGUGGAGUGGAAGGUGCAGUCGGAUUCCGCCCGAAGCAAGAUGCUGACCGGAGUCGGGGGCUUUGUGCUGGGGCUCAUCGCCCUCGUAAUGAGCUUCAUUCUCCACUUUCAAAGAUGGCGAGGCAGGAAACUUCUGGAAAGUGGUUGGUAUUGCCUUUCUACUGUCUCAUUCUAUUCUCCAGGUUCCAAGAUUGAGGCUUUGUCCUUGGGGACCGGCACGAUCAAGGCGGCGCCCUCGGGGAUCUGGAUCCGCCCGGAGGAAGAAGUACGGGGAGCUGGAGCUGCCUACCCGGCGCUGCCUACUGGGACUCCGGGUCCCGGGCGCAAGUGA